UUGCUGGCUGGAGUCCCCAGUCAGAGCAUACCAGCAGGGUGGUGUGUGCACACACUGAAAGCAUCCCUAAAGAGGAGCAUUCCAUCUCUCCACUCCAAGACACUUGCGACUUGCUGAACCGCAUGGAAGACAGAAUGACCACAAGUGGAACGCUGCUAUGGAUGUGUUUGGUUCUGUUUGUUUUGCUGACUCGGCACACUUCACACUCGAUUGAUGUAGCCAACUUAUCAGUGGACCCUCCAGCUAACAUAAGAAUCAUAGACCCAGGUCACCUGGGUCACCUAAAAAUUGAGUGGAACAUACCCAGCAGCCUGCAGAACCUCACGGACUGUACUGUCCGCUACCAGCUCCGCUUCUACAGCACAUACGCAGAGAGAUGGAGGAGUGUCCGGACAGUCAGGCUGUCAUAUGAGGCCCAGUUUGACCUGGAGAAGCCCAUCCAGUUGAGGAUGCUCACUCUGGUGAAGGGGGCGUGCACCAACGAUACAGAGGUCCUGGGAGAGGAGGUGGAGCUUGUGCACAUCCCUGAACACACAGGUGUGGCUGGAUCCAGGAUAAGGGACUUUCAUUGUGUUUACCUCAACAAGGAGUACAUGGACUGCAUGUGGAAGGCAGGGUCUGUUAACCCUCCAGGCUCAAAGCACUACCUCUAUUACUGGCACAGGGAUAUGCCAGAAACUGCAGAAUGUCCAGAGUACAUCCCACCCUCCGAGUUUGGGAUAGGAUGUCGAUUCCCUAAGCAGUCUCUUCUGGAGUUUUCCGAGUUUAACAUAUGUGUCAACGGCUCUUCCACAGAAGGAGCGCUGAUGCCCGCCUACUUCUCCCUAGAGGUCCAAAACAAGGUAAAACCUGCGCGAGUGUCUGACCUGCAGUUGCUGGUUGAGAAUGAACUGGUCCAGGUGCAGUGGUCACCCCCUGCUGGUAAAGUGCCAGAGCAGUGUCUGGAAUACAACCUUGAAGGGACCACAGAGAGCACGGAUGGCAGCAAAUGGCAGUGGACAAAUGUAACCGAGGACACCACCAUUGACUUUCUGUGGAAUGGCGGGAGUCAGACGACUUGCUUCCGCGUCCGAUCCAAAGUGAACGAUUACUGCGCUGACGAAGGAUUCUGGAGCGACUGGAGUGAUCCAGUGUGCUUCCCAGAGAUUACAGUGGAAGGCAGAAAUUACGAGCCAUGGAAUGAUUUAGCACUCACCAGCAUCCUGAUCAUCAUCAUCGUCGCAGUCCUCAUCUUCUGCCUCAUGUUGUUGAUGUUGAGCAAAAUGUGUGUGAACAGAAAGGAACAGAAGCAGGCUUUCACUCUGUACCAGGAGAAAGUCCAUAAGGCCUUUCUGAGUCCUGUGUUUCACUGAGCGCCUUCCUGUCCGGUUGCUUGUGGUCACAGUUGCAGAGGAUGCGUGAGUCCUGCAGGACUCCGACUGUCUCUCAGUUCACAGCCCGUCAGUUUACGGCACUGAAAGAUUUGAGUCUGGAAAGCGGCUUAGAUGCACAUACAACGAUGCAGCUCUGGCAGAUAACAGACAAGAUUCCAGGACCAAAUCCAGCACUGUUUUACAGAGAUUGUAGGAGCCCCUCUGUUAGUUCUAAAAUGUCUUUGGCAGCAUCGCAGCAGCAGUAUUCCCAUUCUGAAUGUAUUUUCUGUGUUGUUUACUUAUCAACUUAAAAAAAAAAGAAAUGCUGUACUAAUCUUAAGGUUACUCACAGAAAGCCAGAAAUCUUGCCAACCUGACAACGCAGCUCCUCAAACAGCCACACACUUUUGGGGGCAAUUUGAUGUUACUUUUUUAUACAUUUAUUGCACUACUUUUAAAUACUACAUUCACAGAUGCAUAGACGCAAGUUGUUGACACAUGUAUUAUGUUUGUUUAUUUACCCAUAUAUGGAUUAUGUAGCUUUUUGAGUCCCUUUCGUUUCAGACUACUUGUUUUCUCCAGACAAUGAGACAUAAGGUUCAUUUUGUUUCAGAUAUAGCAGUGUGUUUACAUGCAUAUGAUGCAACCAGAUCUUUUGCUGUACUAUGAUGCUCUUUGUGUAAUGUCAAAUGAUAUGACUAUUUCUUAAUAAAAUGAUUGUGCUUGCA